UGUCAAACAGUUUCAUGUUGCUUGCGUUGGAAAAUUAGGUUGCCGGCGAAAAUAUUUGUGUAAUUAGAUAGGUUUUCAAAUAAACUUGCAAGUUUUAUGUAGUACAGGAUCUUUUAAAAACACUCAGACAUCAUGACGGCCGAGGUCCAAGCCAAGUCGCGGCUUGCGUACUUUACAUCUGAUAAACAGCUUACAUUCAUAAAACUAGCUGUUUUGUCGAUGGCAGCGAUACUGUCUUUUGCAACUCGACUCUUCUCUGUGCUACGGUUUGAGAGUGUAAUUCACGAGUUCGAUCCAUACUUCAACUACAGAACAACACGGUAUCUAACUGAGGAAGGCUUUUACAACUUCCACAACUGGUUUGACGACCGAGCAUGGUACCCAUUGGGGCGUAUUAUUGGAGGAACGAUAUACCCUGGUCUGAUGGUGACAUCGGCGGCUCUCUACAAUGUUAUGCAGUUUCUGAACAUAACAAUUGAUAUACGUAAUGUCUGCGUGUUCCUGGCUCCUUUCUUCUCAUCCCUCACCACUAUUGUCACAUAUUUACUCACAAAGGAACUUAAGGAUGAAGGUGCUGGUCUCGUGGCAGCCGCCAUGAUUGCCAUUGUCCCUGGUUACAUAAGUCGUUCUGUUGCUGGCAGCUAUGAUAACGAGGGUAUUGCAAUCUUCUGCAUGCUCCUCACAUACUACUUCUGGAUCAAGGCUGUCAACACUGGAACUAUUCUUUGGGCUACCAUGACUGCACUUGCUUAUUUCUACAUGGUAUCUUCAUGGGGUGGCUACGUGUUCCUCAUCAAUCUGAUCCCGCUCCAUGUACUCGCGCUGAUGCUGCUAGGCCGCUUCUCGUCGCGAGUGUAUGUGGCGUACAGCACGCUGUACUGCGUCGGCACCAUCCUCUCCAUGCAGAUCUCCUUUGUUGGCUUCCAACCAGUCCAGAGCUCAGAGCAUAUGUUGGCGUUCGGAACAUUUGGUCUGUGCCAGUUGUACGCAUUCACUAAGUAUCUGCGCGAGCACCUGUCACCAGCUAACUUCGAACUGCUGUUCAAGGCACUCGUUAUGACACUGCUGGCAACACUAGGCACGGCCGUCGUCGCCCUAACCGUUACUGGAAAGAUCUCCCCAUGGACUGGAAGAUUCUACUCGCUCCUCGACCCAUCUUACGCCAAGAACCACAUUCCCAUCAUUGCGUCUGUUUCUGAGCACCAGCCGACGUCGUGGUCGUCGUUCUACUUCGACCUGCAGGUGCUGGUGUUCCUGUUCCCCGCCGGACUGUACUUCUGCUUCACCAAGCUCACCGAUGCCAACAUCUUCAUCAUACUCUACGGAGUGCUGAGCAUCUACUUUGCGGGUGUGAUGGUGCGUCUCAUGUUGGUGCUGGCACCGGUCAUGUGUAUCGUAUCCGGAGUGGCAGCGUCUAGUCUACUCAGUCUACAUGUGAAGGAUAUCGAGCCGAAGGUGGAAAAACAUGAGAUGAAGAAGAAGAAGCACGAGAACAACUUGGUGUUUAGAUCUGAGGUGGGCGCGGUAUUUGUGAUAGUGCUCGGCGGUCUGCUGGUGUCGUACGUGCUGCACUGCACGUGGGUGACGUCGGAGGCGUACUCGUCGCCGUCGAUCGUGCUGUCCGCGCGCGCCCACGACGGCGCCCGCAUCAUAUUCGACGACUUCCGCGAAGCGUACACGUGGCUCAAGAUGAACACGCCUGAGGACGCGAAAGUGAUGUCGUGGUGGGACUACGGGUACCAGAUAACGGCGAUGGCGAACCGGACGGUGAUAGUGGACAACAACACGUGGAACAACACGCAUAUCUCGCGCGUCGGCCAGGCCAUGGCGUCCAGCGAGGAGAAAGCGUAUGAGAUCAUGAGGGAGCUCGACGUGGAUUAUGUGCUGGUCAUAUUCGGUGGGCUCGUGGGAUAUUCGUCUGAUGAUAUAAACAAGUUCCUCUGGAUGGUCCGUAUCGGUGGCAGCACGGAUCGCGGCGCGCACAUCCGCGAGGCGGACUACUACACCGCGGGCGGCGAGUUCCGCGUCGACGCCGACGGCUCCCGCACGCUCCUCAACUGCCUCAUGUACAAGAUGAGCUACUACAAGUUCGGACUGGUUUAUACUGAGGGAGGGCGUCCCCCCGGCUACGACCGCGUCCGCGGCGCCGAGAUCGGCAACAAGGACUUCAACCUAGACGUGCUCGAGGAGGCGUACACCACCGAGCACUGGCUGGUGCGAGUGUACAAGGUGAAGCCGCUCCACAACCGCGGCGCGUGAGUGCGAGCGCCGCCCCGCGACACGCUGCAAGACAUCAUACAGAGCAUCGUGCGCAACGCGGACCAGUUCAUACGAUAUUACAAAGAACAUUUCCCGGGACAGCUGCCGAUAUAAGAGGAUGAAGCCGGUCACUCAAAUUUUACAACAUAAGUGUCUAAACACACCAUGCCGAAG